AACUCCUGGCAUGUGAAGUCACGAGAGAAGAGACUGGAAGCGUGAAGAUUUCACGCAUGGCCUGAACAGAUAAAAGGAUAAAAACAAAGGCAAUGGAAGAAGUGCUGAUUUUUUCCCCUUACAUUUUCACAAAUAAAACCAUAUUUUGUUAAAAAGGAAGAGGUAACCGGGCUGGACCCGUCCCGACCCAAGUACAAUACAAUAAUCCGUACACACGGCAUAGCGGACGACGAUUUCGGUUCCAGCACGCGCUUUAGUCAAACGACACUCUCUCUGACUCGACGAUUCGACAGCCCUUCUCAGGACCUCAUCACCCCUUUCGUCUCCGCUCCUGCCUAUUGUCACCCUCUAUUCCAUACAAAGGAAAUAAAAUUAGGGUUUUGCAUUUGUUAUUUUAAUCCCAACUAGUUUCACUCUCUCAAAGAUAAAAUAAUGGAAUCGCCGGCUUGGUUACCGCGACGAGAAGUAAAGCCUCCGCCAACUUCCACUGAAGCCGGAGUCGCAGCAGAUGCUCCUCCAUUGGAGAAUUCAGCUGGUAACAAUGCAAACAGUAGCUGUUCAAUUCCGGCGCCGACAAUCUUGGACCUCGUUCGGUUUCGGUGUAGUUUGACAAGGAUCUUGAAUGCUGUUAGGUCAGGGAUAAUCUAAGGAACGACCCAAGAUACAAAUCUGUAAAGCAUGAGGAUAGAGAGGUUUUCUUCAACGAGUAUUUGUCUGAAUUAAAAGCCGCAGAGGGGAAAGCAGAGCGAGAUGCAAGGGGCAAAAGGGAGGAACAGCAGGGAUUCAAUAAGGUCCAUUUCCAGAUUCUUUGAUGUUGCCAAUCAUCUACUUUAUGGAAACACGCUCUCUUCCACCUCAGUUCAUGACAAUUUGAAGGAGAGGGAGCGAGAGUUGCGAAAACAGAAGGAAAUAGAAGAACAAGAAAUGGAAAGGGUGCGAGUGAAGGUUCGAAGGAAUGAAGCAGUUGCGUCUUUUCAAGCUUUGCUUGUGGAAACAAUCAAGGACCCUCAGGCAUCUUGGACCGAGUCGAAACCAUGGUUGGAGAAGGAUCCACAAGGACGUGCGACAAAUCCUGAUUUAGAUCCAUCUGAUAUAGAGAAGCUCUUUCGGGAACACAUCAAGAUGCUGCAUGAGCGGUGUACAAAUGUUUUCAAAGAUCUGUUAGCUGAAGUUAUAAUUGCUGAAGCAGCAGCCCAGAAGACAGAAGACGGGAAAACAGCCCUUGAUUCAUGGUCAACUGCUAAACGUCUUCUGAAGCCUGAUAGCCACUUUGCUAGUGAUAUUUAUCGCUCCCACUUUUUGUGGGUGCGGUGUCAUCCAGGUUAUCAGAUAGAAUUCAGCAAAAUGCUUAUCUAGAGCCUCCCUCUUAGCUGCGUCUGUCUAUAUAUAUAUAUAUAUAUAUAUAUAUUACCCAACCUAAGAUCUCUGCAGUGGCUGACAACGAAACGCAGAUGGUUCGCCCACCAUCUAUCCCUCCUAUGACAUCCGGUGAACGGAGGGACCCUUCUGUCAUUCGUCCGUUGAAGGUGGCGUCUAGAAUCGUUGGUACUAAACCUUCAACAAGGAACAUGCGAGGGUUCCAUGUGGCGUUUGUUGCUCCAGACAAUGGAAUGGGAGAAGAGGCAUAAACAUAUGGUGAUGUUUAUAGCAGCUUUGGCAUUCUCCUGUAAGAUAUAUUUUCCAGGAAGAGGCCGACGGAUGGCAUGUUUUAAGAUGGUCUGGACCUUCACAACUUCGUUAAGAUGGCUUUGCCUGGACAAGUGGAAAGAAGAGAUCCUACACUUCUACGAGGAGGAGGAGAUUAAGAGGCGAGCAUGAGCAUCAACAACACCAACAACCGCAAACAAUUAUGCGAGCAAGCAAAACAUGCGAAAUUGCUUGACUUCAAUAUUUGAAAUCGGAAUUGCUGUUAUGUGGAAAUGCCUUGGGAGAGAGAAGACAUUGCAGAUCCCUUGGUCGAGUUGCUCCACAUCAGGAGCAAGUAUCCUUGGAUAACAUUGCUUGUAUAAUUGCAGCUGAGAGCCGUCCUGUUGUCAAGGGAAACGCCAUCAUCUACCUUAUAAUUUUGAGAUUUGGGUUCGCUGUAAUCGACUGUCAAAGUGUUGAUAAUGGAACAAACACAUCAGUGUUAUUGACAAUUCACGUCCCACUGCAGAGCUCCCUGUCUCAACACACACACACACACACACUAAUAAGCGGCGCUCCUCUUUCAAUAUAGAUAGUUGUUGGCUGGCAAGUUCAACAUUCUUAUACUCCUGUUUAUCACUGUAGAGAUUAUAGGACCUAGAGAACAUAAAUAAAUGAUAAUUAAUCUUCUAACUGAUAAAA